AUGAGUCACCUUCUGUGGAAAUUUUACUGGGAGAAUGAUGUCGACAGGUUUCGGCGUCUGCUGGCUCCUGCCGCCCCCAACACUUAUGCAGCAACCAAGAGUCCUGGGAUGGGAAACGCUGGAGGCGGUCUUCUAGGUGCAAGUCCUGGCGGCCCAUCUUCGUCUCCUCGGAUGACUCCCAAGUUGCGCAGGACUUCAGGAUGUACAUAUGGACAUGGAAAAUUCAAAGAUGGUGGAUCUACGCUAAAUCGUCAAGAAAUUAACAGUCGCGACCAUGCCGGCCUCACCGUACUCCUGCGCGCGGCCUCGUCCACCCAUCCGAACGCUCGAGACUUUGUGCAGGCCCUCCUCGAACACCCCUCCCUCGAUCUCUACGCUCAGGACUCCGAGAGUGGCUGGAAUGCCCUCCACAGAUCUCUUUACGCCGGAAACAUCUCUAUAGCUCGAAUGCUAUUGGCAAGGGAACGAGCCGAUUUGACAAACCAUACCAAUAUAUCCUCAGUCGCGAAGGUUGGCCAGCUGAUAAAGACGAAAGACCACGAGGGCAACAGUCCAUUUGAUGUCUAUAACUCUACUAUAGCUAUACGGUCGCUAAAACACGAUUCAAUCUCUCCGAAAUCAGGUAAAGAUUUGGACGAUGAAGACAGUGAUGGCGAAACCGCUCAAAUGGCUGCAAGUGUUGCGUUGGGUAUAGCCCAACCUAUCAUGGGAGACGAAUUUUACACGUUUGGAAGCAACAAGAACUUAUCGCUGGGGGUUGGCGACGAAGACGACCGCCAGUACCCUGAACGCAUUGUUUUGCAGCGACCGGAAGAGCUCCUUUACAAGUUUCACAAGCAGCAUUUAGUCAGCCAAGACGUGGGAUCACCGCCCACCCACCCUGAUCAGAACGAAAUUCCCACCCUGGUAUACCACCAACGUUCUGCUAUACGUGAUGUUGUCAUGUCGAAACUUCAUUCUGCUGUUCUGACUGAUGACCCAGUGUCAAACCUCUAUAUUUGCGGUGUCGGUCGUGGGGGAAGACUAGGGUUGGGCGAUGAAAACACUCAGUUCAAGUUCGUUCCCGUGCAAGGGCCAUUUAUCGAUCGCAAGGUCCGGCAAGUUGCUCUUGGGCAGAACCACUCCAUGGCUGUUACAGAAGCUGGCGAGCUUUGGACUUGGGGCCUCAACUCGGAUUCUCAGCUCGGCUAUACUCUUCCCCCAGCCAUGAGGUCGGACGAGGAGCCGAUGAGCGUUUCACCCCGGCAGGUAUUUGGGCCGUUGAAGAAGGAGAUGGUGCAAGGCGUUGCUGCGUCGGCUAUUCACUCCGUAGCCCAUACUGGGUCUUCUCUCUACUGCUGGGGUCGCAAUUUUGGGCAGCUUGCCCUCAUGGAUGCUGACUCUAGAUUGCUGGAACUACAGCAGACACCGCGCAAGGUUGCAGCAUCACUGCUUUCGGCCCCAAUCGAGAUGGUCUCAGCAAUCGACAAGGCGACGACCUGUUUGCUAUCCAACUAUACUGUUUGGAUUUUUACCAAUUACGGCUACAAUUUGGUUAAAUUUCCCUACCCUGAUGUUUUCAGCAACCAAAAUCUAUCGGCUCGUUCCUAUACACAUCGUUAUGAGGUGGGCCGUCGCAACAUCCGGUAUAUUGCUUCCGGAGGCGAAACGAUUGCUGCGGUGACGUCUUACGGCGACUUGUUCACCAUGCAGCUGAACAGUAAGACGGAUACCGCCCAGCUUGCCGGCUCUACCACAAAUCCUGUAAAGAUUAAGAGUGCUGUUACCCAACCGCAGUGCGUCUGGGACUCACGAAAGGACGGUGUGGCGUCCGUGAGUGUUGGCGAACAUGGCUCCGUCAUCAUCUGCACUGAAUCGGGCGCAGUCUGGAAACGAGUCAAGCGCGCCAAGGGGAAAGUCGCGGCAUUCGCCAGCCCACUCGAUGCAAAGAAGAAGGAUUUCAAAUUCGAGCGUGUCCCAUACAUCACAAACUGUGUUGGUGUUCGCAGUUCAACUUUUGGUGCAUUCGCCGCUAUUCGUAACGACAGCAAAAUCAUGUCCACGGACAUUAGCAUCGCAAACCAGUCUAUAUGGGAAGAUGUGGGCUCCCUCCUUUGGUUGAGCGACUUUAGAGCCUCAACCUCUGGCAUUGAUGAGCACAGUUCGCGGAAGAAGUGGAAUGCUGCGAUAACCAGAGAACAGCCGGGUUCUGUACCCCAUGAGAUUUUAUCCUCGAUAAACAUCGAACAAGAUCUGCUUCAGUGGGUACAGCGCAACUCUUCUCAGUAUGAUGACCUCAACAUGGAGAUUCGAACUUCUUCGAGCCCCGAUCUUCGUCUUCCUGUUCAUAGCUGGCUGUUGGCAGGACGAAGCUCGUCUCUUCGGGAAGCGUUAUCGGAAUAUCAGUCCAACGGCAAUACAAACAAUCUCUCUGAUAUCAUUGUGAUUGAACAAAAGGACAAGGCGCUCCUUACGUUUAUUGACAUUGACAUAUAUACUCUGCUCAACCUGAUUGUAUACGUUUAUUUAGAUGUCGUCAUUCCGGUGUGGAAAUACACGAAGGAGGCACCUUCACUUGCGUUUCGAUUCCGUCAGGUGCGAACAGAGCUGAUGAAGCUUGGAACCAGACUCAACCUUCCGAAACUGGAAACUGCAGCUCGGCUACAAACUAGGUCGGAGCCAUGUCUUGAUGAAAACAUGCGAGAGGCCCUUCUAGAUCCAACUUUCUUCAAUGAUGCGGACAUGCUUAUUGAGCUGGAUGGAGGCGAAGUUUUAGCUCACAGCCAUCUCGUCUGUCAGAGAUGUCUCUUUUUUGGAGGCAUGUUCCAUGGUCGGUCUCAGGGCCAUUGGCUAACUGCGCGUCGUAACACGUCUUUGGGGACAGAGUUGGUCCGCGUGGACCUCAAACAUAUUAGCCCGGAAACCUUUCGCUAUGUUAUGAAAUAUCUGUAUGCUGAUAUUGGGUCAGAUUUAUUUAACGAUGUUUGCGUGAAAACUCUGGAUGAGUUUUCGGAGGUGGUUCUCGACGUCAUGGGUGUGGCUAACGAGCUGAUGCUCGACCGUCUCUCGCAAAUUUGCCAAAGCUUAAUGGGUAAAUUCGUUACAACUCGCAAUGUCGCCAACCUUCUCAACGAGAUUAGUCCUUGCUCAGUCACCAAGUUUAAGGAUGUCGGGUUGGAGUAUAUUUGCCUGCAACUGGAGUCUAUGCUUGAGAAUCAUCUCCUAGAUAACCUUGACGAAGAUCUUUUGUUGAACCUGGACGAGGUCGUGCGCAACAACCAGUUGGCCAGGUUUCCUUUUGUGCGCAGUGGGCGGGCUGAUAUGCUACUCCAUCAGCGAUACCCAGAUUUGGCUCUCGAUAUUGAAGAGGAACGACGUCGCCGGGUGAGGGAGAUGGCGUUCAAAAUUGCCAGGAAAGACGAGGAAAAGAAAUUAUCGUCUUCUUACAAAGCAAGUGUUGGCAGCCUUGACGAGUCAGUACUGGCAGCUCAGACUCCGGAACGGUCUUGCCGGAGACCGAGAGACGGACGGAAUGAACCUUUUAGUCCUCGUUUGCGACCAAAGGAUUCUCUUACAGACCUUAUAUUCGACAUGGAUGGCGAGGAUAGUCCCAAAAUCACCAGGCCAACGUCCCCUGCGGUAUCAGCCUUCCGGGAUGCAAGGAACGAGUUUGAUUUUGACCAUAUACCAAAGCUUUCAGAGGCAUGGCGAGGUGCCAAGAGCAAGUCAUUGGCGGAUGCUGAAACCGGUAAUUCACAAUGCUCGAGUCGAAUUCCACUCUCACAGCUUCCUGAGCCUAGCAUUGAGCCAGUAUGCCGAGCGGGCAGCUCUCCCCAGCCAACAUCCCUUCCAGUUAGAUCUGCCGAUGAUCCGUGGGCGUCACCUAUUCUUCCUGCAUCCAAGCUGGAUUUCAAGGACAUUAUGCAGGAAGCCACAUCCAAAUCAGCGCUUACGGCUGGUCUGGCAUCUCAGACUGACAAGGCAACAUCAUCAAACAAACCACUAGCACGAAUGUCUCAGAAGGAGCGAAAAAGACAACAAGUACAGCAAGCCGAGGUCGAGGCUGCGGCAGAUAAAGAGAAGAAUAAAUCGGAGCCUUGGCAAGCCGUCCAUUCUACAGCUCGGCCGACGCCAUGGAAGAUGACACUUUCGGCCCCAAGGACUUCAUUAAGAGACGCUAUGCAGUCGGAAAGUGCACAACGCGGAGGGUCUGCGUUGUCCCAGAAACCUCUUCUUUCUCCUGGAUCUAACGCCCAAUUGUCAAAACGGCGCGCAGCCUCUCCUGACACCCGCUUCCCAGGACAAGGCCGAACGGUGAGCUCACCAGCCUCACCAACAACGUCGUCGUGUCAAUCAUCGGGGGAGAAACCGCUUGUGCCACACUCAAAAUCGUACAUCAAGCCAGCAGCCAAGUCUGGACCUACCCUAGGCACGAGCAUGGCCGACAUCAUUGGACAACAACGACUGGAGCAGCAACGGGUCAAGGAAGCUGUGGCCAAGCGACCACUGCAAGAGAUACAAGAAGAACAAGCCUUCCAGGAAUGGUGGGACCAAGAGAGUCGGCGAGCACAAGAAGAGGAGGCCAGGAGGCAAGCCCGGGGCAAGGAAAAGGAUCAAAGUGGGGGAAAUCGUCGAGGACGAAGGGGCAGAGGUGGGAAGUCAAAUCUGAAUGAAGACCCGGGCGGAUCUGAGAAAACUGGCGAUGUGUCUUUAGGUCCUUCAGGAGGUAGGGGAGGUAAAGCCAGGCGAGGCAAACAUGGACAAGGACCUACCAGUGUACGAUUGGGAUAA